AUGGAAGCCACUCUUGCCCACCGUCCAUGGGAGCCCACGACAACAGGGCCGCAGACCCCUGCGGUCUCGGCCACUUCGCAAACUCUCCCUUCCAUAUCCACGCUCACCGCAAGCAUGGCCAACACUUCAGCUCCGGCAGAGAAGUCACCCGGGAACACAUCCUUGAAUACAAUUGAACGCGACUCGGGGAAUUGGUCGAUGCCUCAGAGCACACGGUCGUCUACUUACUCUACAGCAACGAACGGGACUAGUAACUAUCCCUCUCUCUCAUUUCUCACGUCCUCUCAGCCGUCCCCCAACCGCGUUUCCUACGUCUCCGAUCGAUCACCAUAUCCUAACGAUCAAUCCAACACGAAUACACCCUCUUCGGCGGGACGACAGCCGUCUCCGAACUUUGGCUCCUCCCAGCCCAAUCAAGCGCUGCCGUCAAUCAAUCAAAAUUACGAAACCCCUUCUCAACGAGGGAGCAUUGUAGAACCGGCGGAAUCACGACGGAGUAGCGUGGACAGCAGGAUGAAUCAGGGCAUUAGCUCAUUGGCGAUAAACCCCGCCUCCCCUUACCACAGUACGAACGCUUCCCAAUCUUCCAUUGUAUCAGGCUUGCAGAGAGAACGUGGUAUAUCAAUGGAUGUGAAUAUGAACAAUACUUAUCGCGGCCCUCGCUAUUCAGGGACCUCUCCUCUCUCUCCCUUGGGACCCCGAGAACAUCGCGGAUUUGCGGCUGGCCGCACUGCCCCCGCAAUUUCGUCAAAUCCUCGAUCUGAAAUCUACAACGCGGAGGCUCCCACCGCGGGUCUUGCAUAUGCAUUCCCAGACCCGGACGUUGCACGAACCAACUCAGUCUCAACGACCAACGACAAGUCAGUUUCCCAGUUCUCUCGCAAGGGUAGCACCGCCGAAUCAUUAGCCAGCAGUAUAUAUUCCGACUCUCGGUUACCGCACGGCCAGCAUGAACUUCCUCAAAAUGUGCAUCACCACACUCUGCAGCAUAAGCAAGUCCGUGGUUUGAUCGGAGACGCUGAAUCGCACGCUGGCAGUACUCCAUACAGCAGAACACCUGAGCUUAGAGUAACGCAUAAAUUAGCGGAGAGGAAACGUCGAAGUGAGAUGAAAGAUUGCUUUGAAGCCUUACGAGUUCGCCUUCCUCAAAGUCAAAACAACAAGUCUAGCAAAUGGGAGACUUUGACACGAGCAAUCGAAUACAUUAGCCAAUUGGAGAAGUCCUUGAACGGCGCUCGCAGAGAGAAUGACGUACUACGGACAGAGCUUGAAGAAAUGCGAGCUCAGCUGAAUCCCCAGCAAUCAAACGGCCAGUCUCGACCAGCAUCUAUUUUUGAGCAUCACCCAAUGCCCACGCAAACGAAUGGCCAGGCACAUGGGCCAAUAUUUGGGAAUUAUCCUCCUGGGCCCGGAAUAACGCAGGAACAACCACGUACACUGCCUCCUCUGAUCAAUGGAUCAGUAGCCCCCAUGCAGGGCGUGCAAUAUACCGACGAACGACGAUAA